AUGCCUCUUAAGAUCACCACCCUGUCCCUAUAUUCCAGCACCCUGCCUCUUAAGAUCACCACCCUGUCCCUAUAUUCCAGCACCCUGCAUCUUAAGAUCACCACCCUGUCCCUAUAUUCCAGCACCCUCUCCCUGCCUCUUAAGAUCACCACCCUGUCCCUAUAUUCCAGCUCCCUGCCUCUUAAGAUCACCACCCUGUCUCUAUAUUCCAGCACCCUGCCUCUUAAGAUCACCACCCUGUCCCUAUAUUCCAGCACGCUGUCCCUAUAUUCCAGCACGCUGUCCCUAUAUUCCAGCACCCUGUCCCUAUAUUCCAGCUCCCUGCCUCUUAACUGUCCCUAUAUUCCAGCACCCUGCCUCUUAAGAUCACCACCCUGUCCCUAUAUUCCAGCACCCUGUCCCUAUAUUCCAGCUCCCUGCCGCUUAAGAUCACCACCCUGUCCCUAUAUUUCAGCACCCUGCAUCUUAAGAUCACCACCCUGUCCCUAUAUUCCAGCACCCUGUACCUAUAUUCCAGCACCUUGCCUCUUAAAAUCACCACCCUGUCCCUAUAUUCCAGCUCUGUCCCUAUAUACCAGCACCCUGUCCCUAUAUUCCAGCACCCUGUCCCUAUAUUCCAGCUCCCUGUCCCUAUAUUCCAGCUCCCUGCCUUUUAAGGUCACCACCCUAUAUUCCAGCUCCCUGCCUCUUAAGAUCACCACCCUGUCCCUAUAUUCCAGCACCCUGCCUCUUAAGAUCACCACCCUGUCCCUAUAUUCCAGCACGCUGUCCCUAUAUUCCAGCACCCUGUCCCUAUAUUCCAGGUCCCUGUCCCUAUAUUCCAGCUCCCUGCCUCUUAAGAUCACCACCCUGUCCCUAUAUUCCAGCACCCUGCCUCUUAAGAUCACCACCCUGUCCCUAUAUUCCAGCACCCUGUCCCUAUAUUCCAGCUCCCUGCCGCUUAAGAUCACCACCCUGUCCCUAUAUUCCAGCACCAUGUCCCUAUAUUCCAGCACCCUGCCUCUUAAGAUCACCACCCUGUCCCUAUAUUCCAGCACCCUGCCUCUUAAGAUCACCACCCUGUCCCUAUAUUCCAGCACCCUGCAUCUUAAGAUCACCACCCUGUCCCUAUAUUCCAGCACCCUGUCCCUAUAUUCCAGCACCUUGCUUCUUAAGAUCACCACCCUGUCCCUAUAUUCCAGCUCUGUCCCUAUAUACCAGCUCCCUGCCUCUUAA